GGCCUACCGCCACUGGUCCUUGCCGGUCCCUCCAGUUCCCCCACCACGGACCCACCCUUCUCCCGUUGGGGCCGGUCCCCGACUUCCAUCUCCCCACGUAUAACCGUGGCAUCCUCUUGCCCGCUGUCCUCUGCCCCGCUCUGCGCCACCUAGGGUCCUCGUCCCUGAACCUCGGCCCCAUGGCGCUGCAGGCGCUGCAGAGCUCGGGGGUGGGCUUACGAAAGAUCCUGUCUCACUUCCCUGAGGAGCUGAGUCUGGCUUUCGCCUACGGCUCCGGGGUGUACCGCCAGGCGGGGGCCAAUUCCAACCAGAAGGAUGCCAUGCUGGACUUUGUGUUCACAGUAGACAACCCUGUUGCAUGGCAUUCAAAGAACCUGAAGAAAAAUUGGAACCAUUACUCUUUCCUAAAAGUUUUUGGGCCAAAGAUUAUCACAACUGUCCAGAAUAACUAUGGCGCUGGAGUUUACUACAAUACACUGAUCAUGUGCGAUGGGAGGCUUAUCAAAUAUGGGGUUAUUAGCACUAGUACUUUGAUUGAAGAUCUCCUCAACUGGAAUAACUUAUACAUUGCUGGACGACUCCAAAAGCCAGUAAAAAUCAUAGCAAUGAGUGAGAAUGUUGCUCUGAGGUCAGCCCUUGAUAAAAAUCUGAAGAGUGCUGUGACGGCUGCUUUCCUUAUGCUCCCCGAAAGCUUUUCUGAAGAAGACCUCUUCAUCGAGAUCGCCGGGCUCUCCUAUUCAGGUGACUUUCGGAUGGUGGUUGGAGAGGAUAAGACAAAAGUGUUGAAUAUUGUGAAGCCCAACAUAGCCCACUUUCGUGAGCUCUAUGGCAACAUACUGCAGGAGAAUCCCCAAGUGGUGUAUAAAAUCCAGCAAGGCCGACUGGAGAUAGAUAAAAGCCCAGAAGGACAAUUCACUCAGCUAAUGACGUUGCCCAAAUCCUUACAGCAACGAAUAAAUCAUAUUAUGGACCCUCCUGGAAAAAACAGAGAUGUGGAAGAAACUUUGUUACAAGUUGCUCAUGAUCCUGACUGUGGAGAGGUGGUGCGUCUAGGGCUUUCAGCAAUCGUGAGACCCUCCAGUAUGAGACAGAGCACCAAAGGCAUCUUCACUGCUGGCAUCAAGAAAUCAGUGAUUUAUAGUUCACUAAAACUGCAUAAGAUGUGGAAAGGAUGGCUGAGGAAAACGUCCUGAUUUUGGUUGCUUUCAUAUAUGUUAUGUAUAGAUGAAUAAAGUGUUCUUGUCUUUUUGACAGA